AUGGGUCGAGAGUCACAUUCAGUCGGCCAACUCAGAGCAAGACAGACGUACAUCAACUACAACAACAGCAACAACAACAUUAUUUAAAAUACAGUUUUAAUUUAUUCAAUCGCAAGAUGAAAUUCUCUUUGCUCGCAUUGUUCCUCAUCGUAGCCGUGGUCUGCGUCCACUCGGCGCCAACCUUCCCCAGGAGGAACCGCGGUGGUAGGGCUCAGGUGGCUGAAGCCGCUCCCAAGACGGAAGAAGUCAAGAAGGAGGAGCCCAAAAAGGAGGAGAAGAAGGCCGAGGGUGGCAAAAAGGCCGAAGAGGGUGGCAAGGGUAAGGGUAAAAAAGAAGAAGCCGAAGAAGCCGAAGGUGAAGAAGGUGAAGGUGCCGAGCGCAGAAAGCGCAACGAUUACCCCAAGCACCAAUCGUGGAAGUCUUUGACCUUCUUCAAGCAACAGGCCGUCAGCAUCGACGGUGUCCACCCUGCGGCAACGGCUGAAGCUCACGCCGACAUCAGCGACGCCCGAAAACGUUCGCCGACCUUGACGUCGUCUGCUGCCACUCCGGCCGUAGUCGCUCCGGUUGUCGGUCAAGUCUUUGAGGUUCACGAUUUGACCGGAGUGGCUCACGACAGCGUCCCCAAGGACAUUGUCCCCUUCGAGGUGGUCGACAUUUCCGGACACACCCAAGAGACCCUUCCGGCUGACGUUAUUCCGGUGGAAAUCACUCCGGCCGUAGUUAGUCAGGUCUUCGAGGUUCACGACUUGACCGGAGUGGCUCACGACAGCGUCCCAAAGGACAUUGUUCCCUUCGAGGUGGUCGACAUCUCCGGACAUACCCACGAUACCCUUCCGGCUGACGUCAUUCCGGUGGAAAUCACUCCGAUCGUCGGAGCUACUGCUUCCGUCGCCAGCGGCACCGGAGCUCCCGUUUCCGCCUCGGCUGGAGUAGCCACCACCAGCAAUUCCGGUCACCAAGACGACCAUCACGGAGUCGAAGUCUUUGAAGUUCACGACUUGGACGGAGUUUCCCCCGAUGAUAUUCCGGAAGAUUUGGCCGUUUUCGAGGUGGUCGACAUCUCCGGACACACCCAUGAGACCCUGCCCAAGGAUGUCAUUCCGGUGGAAAUUUUCCCCAUCGAUGGCGGAGCUUCUGCCGGCGCUAGCGCUUCCAGCACCGAUGGAUCUGGCGUUUCCGCAUCCGCCGGAGCUUCUUCCGCCUCAACCAGUCCGGCUGUGAUUGCCCCCGUCUUUCCAACUGCCAUCGUUCCAUUCGUCCCAGUUGACCCAAUCGUCCCAGUUCCAGUUGUCCCAGUGGCUCCAGUUGCUCCUACCAUUUUCUACCCGACCACUGAUGCUCCUUACGUCGCUCCAGUUAUUCCGGAAGUCAUCAUCCCCAUCCCCAGACCCACUGGCACCCCAGUGUUGCCCCAACCCGAAAUCCAGCCACUCCCCGUCACUUACGCUCCUGAAAUUAUCCCCAUCGCCAAACCAACCGGGGCUCCUGUCGUCGUCAUCGAAACCUCAACUUCCGCUUACGUCGUAGCUCCUGAACCCACCACAUCCGCCUACGCUGAAGUGUCAGAGUCUUACGGAGCAUCCGAAUCGGAAGCCGAGGCUUACGCCACCGAGUCGUACGGCACCGAAACGGAAGUGGAAGCCGAAGAAACCGGAACUGAAGGAUACGAAGCCGAAGAAGCCGAACUUGAAGGGCAGGAAGUCGAAGCCGAGGGCGGAUACGAAGCGGAAGAGAACGAAGGAGGCAAUGGAGGAGUCAGCGCCGAAGGAGCCAAAGGAGACAAAGGAUACGGCAAAGGAGCCGGCAAAGGAGACAAAGAAGAAAAAGGCGCCAAAGGCAAAUACGGAAAAGGAAAAGGAGAAAAGGAAGGAAAAGGAGGCAAAGGAGGAAAAGGAGGAAAAGGAGAAAAGGAAGGUAAAGAAGGUAAAGGUGAGAAGGAAGGUAAAGAAGGUGGCAAGAGCGGAGGAGGAGACGGUGGAUCCGGAAGCGCCGAAGAAGAAGAGUAAACCAACUGAGCUCAAUCUCAACAUCCGCUUUUGAUAUCCAUUCUCUUUAAUUCCUCUUUUAUAGCUCAAACUAUAUGACAUAAUAAUAGCGUUUAAAUACGAAAUCUCUAUCAAGAAAUGGUAGUACCCGGAACGGACCCCCCCUGUCACCUUCAUCCCAUUUUUCCUCUCCCUUUCCGGAUGCUAAUAUAUAGACAUCUUAUAUCAAUCACGCAAACAUCUUCUAAUAAUAUAAAAUUAGCUAAUUAUAUGAAUUUGUCGACCUGCUCAAGUCCUACAUGCACUUUGUGACUGUCUCUCAAAAAUCCAAGUGUCAAAUACACACGGCAGCGUCUGCAUC